AUGGCAUCUUACUUGAUCACCGGCUCAUCAAGAGGCCUUGGACUGGCACUCGUCUCCCGCCUAGCCUCCCUACCCGCCGCGCAGGUCGGCAAGGUCAUCGCGACCGCGCGCCAGGACAACUCACCCCAACUCACGGAGAUCGUGGAAGCCUCGUCUGGCAGAGUUGAACUGGUCAAAAUGGAUGUCACAAACAAGUCUAGCAUCCAAGAAGUGGCCAAGUUGGUGGAGGGUAAGUUGCAGGGGAAGGGGCUUGACUAUCUCAUCAACAAUGCCGGUCUAGCGGAUUAUGCUCCGGCUGGAUUGGAGGGGAUGGAUAAUUUGAAUGAGCUUUUCCAUACGAAUGUCACAUCCGUCCAUAAUGUCACGCAAGGCUUUCUACCUCUGCUGCGCAAGGGAGAGAAGAAAGUGGUUAUCAACAUAUCAACUACCCUGGGCUCCUUUGCAAAAGCCGAGGUCUACAGACUGUCUCCCACGCCCGCGUACAAGAUCUCCAAAGCGGCAUUGAACAUGUUAACAAUUCAAUAUGCCCAGCAAUACGAGGCUGAUGGAUUUACGUUUGUUGCUAUUAGUCCCGGUUGGCUGCGUACUGAUCUUGGCAGCUCUCGAGCAGAUCUGCCCGUAGAGACAGGAGCAGAGAAGGUUGUGGAUAUUGUGCAACAAAUUGGGCCGCAUCAAAAUGGGAAGUUUCUCAAUAUUCAUGUGCCAGGCUGGGAGAAUGCACCGGGGAAUAACCAGUAUGAUGGGGAGGAAGUAGGCUGGUAA